AUGGCGGCCCUGGAGAGCGGGGAGGAGGCCGAGGGCAGCGAGGAGGAGGAGGAGGAGGAAGUGCUGGGGCUGCAGCUGCCCGAGGAGGACAGCGAGGAGGAGGAUGGGCCCGGUGAGGAAGAAGAGGAGGAGAUGCAGGCGCUGAAUCUUUACAUAGACCAUAGUGCAGAAGAGGAUGGAGGGGAGGAGGAUGAGGAUGGAGAAGGUGAAGAGGAGGAAGAUGGGGACCUGUCCAUGGAGAGCGACUUGGAGGAGCGCCGUGAGGACACCGAGCUCCCCCACGAGCUCUCCUGGGGCCAGCGCAAGCAGCUCUACUACGACACGGACUAUGGGGGCGAUGCCCGGGCGAAGGGCAAGCGCCGCCAGCAGGAGGUUGAUGCUGAGGAAGAGGAGGAGGAGCAGGAAGCUCAAGUCAUCCAGAGGCGGUUGGUGCAGGACUUAGAGGAAGAUGAUUAUGGGCUAGAUGUGAUCCAGGGCUAUCUGGCUGAGCAGCAGAAAACACAUGAUAGUAAAGGGCAGAAGAUUGACAAGGAUUUGCAAGCCCUUCCCAAGAAGGAGCAGCUGAAGCUACUGAAGCAGGAGUCCCCUGAGCUCCUGCAGCUGAUUGAGGACUUUGAAGUCAAGCUGAUGGAGCUCAAGGAUGAGCUGCACCCCUUGCUGCAAAUGGUCAAAAAUGGCACUAUCCUGCAAGGGAAAGGCAGCCACUAUUUGCAGACCAAGUAUCAUCUCUACUUGAAUUACUGUGCCAAUAUAAGUUUCUAUUUAGUUUUGAAGUCCAAGAGGAUGCCAGUUCAUAGUCACCCCAUUAUCGAACGGCUGGUUGCCUACAGAAAUAUAAUCAAUGACCUGGCUGUUGUAGAUGAAAGGUUAUCCUCGCAAGUUCGAAUGCUUUUGAAAAACUACUACGAUAAGAGGGAAGAUAAGCCACGGAAGGAGAAGAAGUUUGCAGUGUUUCUCCCACUGGAUGUCAAGAAAAGCAAACCAAAACGUGCUCCUGCACAUGCUAAUGGCUGGACUGCUGCUGAGGAAUCGUCAGACGAGUCGGACCUGGAUGAAGAGGAUGCUCUAAAAUACUAUAAGAUGAUGGAGGAGAAGCUGAAACUCAAGAGGAAGAGAACUGAAGACCGAGACAUGCUUGAAGAAGAAGCAGUGUUGGAAGGAGAGGAUGCAGAGAAAAAGAGAGGUGUGACCUACCAGAUGAUCAAGAACAAAGGCCUCACACCCAAAAGGAAGAAGAUCGACCGAAACCCCAGGGUCAAGCACCGGGAGAAGUUCCGGAGAGCCAAGAUUCGCCGCAAGGGCCAGGUCCGGGAAGUGCGGAGGGAAUUGCACAGAUACGAUGGGGAACUCUCUGGCAUUCGUGCAGGAGUUAAGAAAAGCAGGAAGCUGCAAUGA